UUUAAUGGAAGAAACAUUUUGUAUCCCUCAGGUAGCGCUGCCCCUGGCCCAGUCCCUGAAGACUACAUCAGGGUUUACAGCAUGAGGUUCUGCCCUUUUGCCCAAAGGACCAGACUGGUGCUCAAAGCCAAAGGAAUCAAAUACGAAACCAUAAAUGUCCACCUGAAAGAAAAACCCGAUUGGUAUCUUAAGAAGAAUCCUCUUGGUCUUGUCCCAACGCUUGAGACACCUGCUGGUAAGGUGAUAUACGAGUCACCCAUCACCUGUGAAUACCUGGAUGAAGUUUACCCUGAAAAGAAGCUGCUUCCCUCCUCUCCCUUUGCUAAGGCUCAACAAAAGAUGAUGCUGGAGCACUUUUCCAAAGUGAUACCGUACUUCUACAAGAUCCCAAUGGAUAAAAAGAAGGGAGAGGAUGUCUCCGGACUGGAAGCUGAACUGAAAGAAAAGUUUGCCAAGUUAAACGAGGACCUCGUUAACAAGAAGACCAAGUUCUUUGGUGGCGAUUCUAUAACAAUGAUCGACUACAUGAUGUGGCCGUGGUUUGAGAGGGUAGAAGCGUAUCAGGUCAAACAGUAAGUAAUAAUCUUUACAGAUAUUUAACCUAUAGAAAAUUGUAAACAUU